UUGAUUUUGUGUCAAAAUAAUGCAAAUAAACAUAAAACAAUAUGUGGACUUACUGGGCCAGGUCAUUUGAUUAGGCCCAUCAAUAUGUAGUCCAAAUCCAUAUUUAUACAACUUUCGUGAAGUAAGGUGCAAGCAAAUUCAAUUCAAAACCCUAAAGUUUGAGCCAUGAACGAUGAAGAGCCACCACAGAAGAAGAAUAAACUGCCAAUAGAACCACCAACCUUGAAUCUUUCACUUCCAGAAGAUUUGAUAGUGAGUAUCUUAGCCCGUGUCUCGAGAUUGUAUUAUCCAACUCUCUCCUUAGUCUCCAAGCGCUUCCGCUCGCUCCUUACUUCACCGGAGCUUUACCAAACCCGGUCACUAUUAGGUCGUAGCGAUAAUUUUCUCUAUGUAUGCUUACGGUUCUCUCGUACUGACCGAAUCCCUCGCUGGUUCAUGCUGUGUCGGAGACCAAAUCAAAUCCUAACCAGUGACACUAAGAAGAAGAAGAAGAAGAAGUCAAGCGGGUAUGUUUUGGCAACAAUCCCAAUUCACCAUUCUCCUCCUGCGCACGGUUCAGGUCUCGUGGCGGUUGGUUCUAAUAUCUACAACAUUGGAGGAUCCAUCUACGAUUCGCCCUCAUCAAAUGCUUCAAUCCUAGAUUGCUGGUCUCACACAUGGCUCAAAGCUCCAAGCAUGCAUGUGGAGCGGGAUUACCCAUCAGCCAAUUUCCUUGAUGAAAAGAUAUACGUAACAGGAGGCUGUUAUAAACACUACAAUCCAUCAAACUGGAUGGAGGUUUUCGAUCUAAAAACAAAAACUUGGGAGCCUGUGUUGAGCCGUGCAGGGAUAUACAAGAGAUUGACGUUAUAUAGAUGUCAUGAUGAAACUCAUAACGUAGUGGUUGAUGGAAAGCUAUACAUUAUUGGGGAUAAGGGUGUGGCUUACAACCCCAAGGAUGAUACAUGGAAUAGCUUAGAAUCGGAGAUGGAAUUGGGUUUGAUAUGGUCUUCUUCUUGUGUGAUAGAGAACGUGCUUUACUAUUAUUAUUACGGAGAAGAGAUCAAAUGGUAUGACACUAAGGCAAGAUCUUGGAGAAAUUUAAAUGGUACGAAAAAGUUGCCUAAGUUUGCUCGUCAUGCCAAUGUUAGGUUGGCGGAUUAUGGAGGAAAAAUGGCACUUUUUUGGGACAAGUUUGUGGCUUCUGGUGGUGUUCGUGGCUAUGAGAAUAGGAUGAUUUGGUGUGCGAUGAUUGCACUUGAUAGACGCAAUAGCGAAGAGAUU